CCCCACCUUUUUAUGGGUUCAGAAAUAGUUGAUUUUUCCGGUAACAAAGCAGCAAAUGACAGAAAUGCCCUUAAGCUAGUACCGAAGAAACUUACCUCUAACAAAGACAGGCACACAAAGGUAAAUGGACGAGGCAGGCGCGUGAGGCUACCUACACUAUGUGCGGCGCGUGUGUUUCAACUCACAAAAGAAUUAGGUCACAAAACUGACGGCGAAACAAUCGAGUGGUUACUACGCAACGCUGAACCGGCGAUAAUUGCUUCAACCGGAACCGGUACUGUUCCGGCUUGCCACGUCACCACUACGCCGGCGACGAUGACGAGCGUUCAAUCGCAACCGUCGAUUUUGGCUCCGUUAAGUUGUGCGUCGGUUUCUGGUUAUCCGGUUUAUGCGCAGCCGAGUUGUAGGCUUGAUUUGGAAUAUUCUGUUCAUAGUUAUAGGAAUAUGCCGUUUACGGCGUUGUUGUUGCAGCCGGUGACGGAGGAUGAUUGUUGUGAGGAGAAAGUUGCUGGAGAAGAUGGGAAACAGUAAUGUUUGGAGGUUUUUUUGGACUGAAUGUGUUGGUUUCUAGAAUUUUGUGGGUCUUUUUUGGCUGUUUCUAAAAAGAUUGGGAAGGUUUAAAGGAAGGUCCAGCUUUUUGAGGGUUUUGGAGUAGAUAUGGUAAAGUUUUGGAUUAAAUGUGUCAGUUUCUAGACCUUUUUUGCUAUGUCGAGAAGAUUGGGAAGAAUUAAAAGGUCCAACUUUUUGGGUUUAGGGGGAUUUUGGUAAAUUAGGUUAAUGCAGGGGUAAAAGAGGUUAAUUAAGGGGUAAAAUGUUAAUUUUUGAUAUAUAUAUAUUUCAUUAGUAAGUCUUUUUUUAAAUUAGUAAUGUCCAUGGAAAAGGAAGAUGUUACAUUAUUACUUUGAAUCUUUGUUCCAUUUCCCUCCCGUUUCAUUUUAUAUCAUGUUAGUUUGAAGAAAAUUUGUGAUUUUUGUAGUUUAAACUAUGGUUAAAUAUAUUGUCAACCUUUUAAA